CAAACAUAGUUAAUAAAUCACCAGAUGAAUUGAAUACUAUGUUAUCAUUAUCUACUUUAUCUGAUCAAGUUAGCAUAGUAAAUGAUAACUUGAUAAAAGAUUUUGGUGAUAACAUGGUUAAAGGUAGUAUCAUUGAGCAACUUGAGCUUAAACUUAGUGAAAUUACCAAGCUUCUAGGAAGUUUAGAUAUAG